ACCACUUCCUUUUCUCUGAGCCACCUCAACAGUGAUGUUUAAGUUCCAGUCUUUCAUUUCAUUCUGAAGGUUAUUAUGUUCAGUCAAGACCAAGCAGCUCUGCUCUCCAUUCAGCUAUUAAUUAUGUGCCAUGUCUUUGCAGAGGUUCAUCGAGUUGACUUCGGGGACAUACUGGUGUCUGAGGGAAACGCCACCGUUUUCACUUGCAACAUGACAAAUGCAAAGCAAAUCGGCUGGACCAAAGGAAGAAUACUUUUUACUUUUAACGUCUUAAUGAAUCAGACAUUUUCAAAUGUCACCUCUCAAAGAAUGAGCAUAGACUCAAACUUUCCUUCAAAGCUGAAUAUUCUUGAUGUUCAGCAUGAAGAUGCAGGACUUUAUAGGUGUGAAGUAACUGAUGAAAAAGGUGUAUGGACUACUGAGUGGAAUUUAAUCGUUGGAGACGGGGUGUUGGAGAUCUCUAAAGAAGUCAGUUCAUGGAGCUAUUAUCUAUACAUACUUACACCUGUAAUUGGAUUGCUUCUUUGUGGCUUGGCUGCAGCAGUUUGCCUCUGCAGCAGAAAACUCAGGACCACGACAUCAAACCAGGACCCAGUCCCAGACCAGUUUCCUCUUCAGUCGGGGGGAGAGGUGGUCCCUCCUCAACUGCAGGGUGAUGUGGACCGUAGGAUAAAUAACAAGCAGAGGAGUCAGUACUUGGAGAGGCUCAAUUCAAUCUAUGGUCUAUAAUGAAGUAGUGGUUUAAAUUGUCCAGCAGAUGGUGAUAAAGGCUCAGCCAAAGUUGUGUGAGAAAAGAUAAAGGAUGUUACUGUGAAGACAAGUGCAUUAAAUUAAAGCCCCAAUCCAUUAUUGGUGCACAUCACUAAUUUUGUCCAGGUGCAAAGGGAAAAGCUAUGAGAGUUUUUUUGUGUGUGUGACUUUUGUGUAUGUACUUCUAAAAUACUUGCUUAUUUGUUUACAUGGUUUAAAUUUAAUAAAGAAUCAACUCAAGUACUAUUUCUACUUCUUUACAUACUGUACAUAUGUUACUGUAAAUAAAAAUGUUCUAAUAU